AUGAGGAGUAAGCCGAAAUCUUGUCUUAGUGGUUUUGUUUGGGCCCUACAGAUUUGGAUGUGGGAGCGUAUCCCUGUGGGCGGUAACUUCACCAUUGCUCCGGAAGAACCUUGGGAGUGGCCUUUUGACGGGGAUGAGGAGCGAUAUCCCACUAUCGCAUACACGUGGGCUAAUGUCCAAGUGUCGAGUAUCGCCGCCAUGGGGUGGUACAAGGCAUACAUAAGCGAGCUUGACAUGCUUACUUACAACCAGAUGUUGUGA